CGGGCGACGAUCAGGAACAAGUAUAGACGACCCGCCACAUGCCGCGCCUAAGGCAUCCAGUUUUUGUGUUGCGACAUUAGCGUAGCGAUGACUUGUUGGCUCGUACUUACCCGCACCACGUGCUCCAUAAGCGCAGUUUGUGCGAAUACGAAAGAGAGGCUACUUUUUCUCACCUCAGCAUUUCGCCAACCGAGUGCGACGCGCCCAGCUCUCCUUGGAUCAGGUUUGCGGGACACGGGUAGCAUGCUGCCGCAGAUCCUGCGGCGUCAUAAGGCCGAUCCCGUUCAGUGGCAAUACGAGUAUUGUGCAGGGUGACAAGCAAGCAUAUCGGCGCGUAGUCACGGGGGCACUUACGACAGGCCCCCAGUACUUCUAGGCCGAGUCGAGGUGUAAGAGGAGCCGAAGAGCUAUUGGAGAGGAGAUACCGAAUAUAGACAGCGUCGACGGCACGAAUGGUCACAGUAGUCGCAGAAAAAGC